AUGAGGGAAGAAAUCCUCAGCGUCAUUCGUCUCGGCUGCAGAUACUUCGACACCGCAGUCUUCUAUCUCUCCGAGAAGCCUUUCGGCGAAGCGAUUGCCCAAGCCCUGAACCACGGACAAAUGGAGUCAAGGGAUGAGCUUUUCAUCACCACCAAGCUCUCGACUGGGAGAUCAACGAUGACGAAUGCCGCAAGAUCAGCCAGAUUUCCCAAGGCAAAUCUUGUCUUGGCGAAAUGUAUCGCUCCAGUGAGGAGCAAUACAAGUCCGUAA